GUGCCCCGCGCUCAGGCAGACGGCCGGGCAGGGCGGGCGCAUGCGCGCUGCGCGCUGUUGUUGUGGCGGCGCGGCCCGCUGCUCCCUGGCCGGCAGCGAUGAGCGACAACGAUGACAUCGAGGUGGAGAGCGACGAGGAGCAGCCCCGCUUCCAGUCCGCGGCAGACAAGCGAGCCCACCACAACGCACUGGAGCGCAAACGGCGGGACCACAUCAAGGACAGUUUCCACAGCCUGCGUGACUCCGUGCCCUCCCUGCAGGGCGAGAAGCCACAGGCAUCCCGGGCCCAAAUCCUGGACAAAGCCACAGAGUACAUCCAGUACAUGCGCCGGAAAAACCACACGCACCAGCAGGACAUCGAUGACCUCAAGCGGCAGAACGCACUGCUGGAGCAGCAAGUGCGAGCCCUGGAGAAGGCGCGCUCGAGUGCCCAGCUGCAGGCCAACUACCCAGCAGCGGACAGCAGCCUCUACACCAACCCCAAGGGCAGCGCCAUCUCCGCUUUUGACGGCGGCUCUGACUCCAGCUCUGACUCGGAGCCUGAUGAGCCACAGAGCAGGAAGAAGCUGCGCAUGGAGGCCAGCUAGGCCCCCCCACACCUGCCCCCUGGCCCCCUAAGGACUCACCCUUUUCUCCUCAAGGCUCCAGGGCUGCACCCUUGCAGCCCCCCGUGCCGGAAUCCAGGGGGGGCCUGGGGGACCCCGACUGCGUGGAGAUGCCCCCAACAUCCCCCCUUUCCCCUCCCCCCUGCCGCUAGCGAGCCCCUCUCUGCGCCCCCUCUCCCCCUUCGAUUUUAUAUGAGCAUUUCUAUUUAUACCCAGGGACCACUGCAGCCCUGAGCUGAGCACGAGCCUGUGCAGGAGGCGGGCAUCCCCCCCAGCCCCCAUUGCCCACCUGUGGGCACCCCCAGGGGGUGAGCACAGGGCGGGGGUCUCGCUAUUUAUUUCCUGCGUGUGCAAGGCACCCCCCUGCCCUCCAUGGCAUGGAGCUGCAGGGCUCGGGCUGGGUGGUCUGCGUGUGCAUCCUGCCCUAUGUCCCACUCCUCCAACACAAACACCAGAAGCCCCCUCCCCACAUUUGUGGCAUUUCCCCACCUCUCCUCUCCCUGUAGGUGACCCCAUUUUAACGCCAUUCAUUCCAUGGAUCUAAAGUAUGUUGUACAUACUGCUCAGAGUUGUCUUGCAAGUUAAGGCUUCCCUUUACUAUAAGACUUAUAAAUAAUAAAAAGGAAAAAAACCCAAAACUUA